AGGAGACCCGGCGGAGUGGAAGAAGGGGAGGCUGCGGUUCCUUCAGGCCAGGCGGGCGUUUUGCAGGGGGGGCGGCCGCUGGACAAACCCCAAAGUUGAUGAACAAUUUUUCGAUCCAGAACAAACCACCACCUUCCAGAUAGUCUCCCCGGACAUCACUUCUGCCUUUGAAAUCCCAUUCCAGGUGUAUGGCAGCCCUAAAUAAUGGUGUAGUCCUGUACUUGAGAUCUGGGGUUGUGUGAUUUGGUGAAAAUCCUUCCACACUGGAGGAUGACCAAACCACUGCCGCCAUGAUAGAUCUGCUGACUGAAUACCACAGGAACACUGGUUGAACAUGCUGCUGGUGGAGCCAAUCCACCAUUGAAGACAUUGGCAGAAUGGCUGAUCUGGAGUAGAGUCAUGGGCACAGGACAGGAGAAUGCUUAUGCCAUAUUCUAUAAUCCUUCAGUCCACGACCUCACUCAAAAAUCCCCAUUGACUUCAGCAUGUCCUGGCUCAUCCUCUUAUCUGGUUGGCAAAAUAUAUAUUUUUCCCCCUUUCCUCGGUGGCCCUUGAACCUUUUUCCCAGGAGUGCUCUGUGUGCUUUCUGGAGGCAUCCUAUCCUAGGAGCUAUGUGGGUGCUGAACUGCAGGGUUUUCCCCCCUUCCCCUUUGCAUUUUGUACUCCAAAACAGUGGUUGUGAGUACUACAAGGGGAUUCAAGCUGCAACCUGUAGGGAUCCCUGGAGCCUAGCUUUGCCAAUGUUGCCUGUGCUGAUGGGUUGGGUUUGCUUUGGUAUUGUUCUGUAUGUUGUGGUGGGAUGUGUGUGUGCUAGGAGCAUGUCCCAGAGGUGAGUUCAUUGCAUCCCUCUGCAUGUGGGCAUGAUUGUUAGACACUGGUGGUGUUUCCAGUGAUGAUGGAUGCCUGCUGGUCUUCUUUAAAAAAACAUUUUUGUAUUUUAUGUGUGUUCCUCUCCAUGCCUGGGCUAAUCAUGUAUAAGAAUGUGGUCAUCGUUUUGCAGGCGUAGAGGCAUAUAUACCACCCCGGGCGUAAUGGAAGUGUAGGACUGCUCUGUAAUUUUCCUUAGGAGACAUUCCAAAUGGCUACUUUAACACUAAACACAGCUUGUGAAACUUUUCUCUCACAGUUUCUGAGGGCAAGAACAGAACAAAAAAAAAUCAGUUCCUGGAUUGCUGACAGUCUUUAAGAUUACAUACCACAAGACCAUCUAGGAGCAAAAUGGAAUUUGAUAACGUAGAAGCUCUGUGAAGCUUCACUUUCUGUGGCACAUCCCUUUCCAAGAGUUUCUGAAAUAUUGUGCUGUAGGUGAUUAAGAAAAAAGAACUAUUAUUGGGGUUUGUUUAGAGAUGCAAUAUACAAAAAGCAUGGAUUGGCUUCCUGUUCUCAGAAUAAGGAGCUUGGCUUUAUAGCUGAUUAAUGUUCUAGUAUAAGUGUGAUAACUUUAGAAAAGUUUCACAUGGUUAUCACUUUUCCCAUUCAUAACUAUUGUAGGCGACUCAGACUUCUGCAUUGAAAUUUUUAUAGUGGACUCUGCGUCUAAUACCCAGCCCUAAACAUAUUAUAUGGGAACUAAGUCCUAUUGAAAUAAAUUGGGCUAGCUUGCAAUUAAUGAUUUUAGGAUAAGAGUGUUAAUGUGAUAGGAUUCCUUCCCUUCCCGACUCCCCUGGGUCUCCAUCCUCAAUUUUGUUGGUUGGCUAUAAUUUCAUUUAGUGCUGCUGAUGUUACAUCGUAAACUUCCAGCUAAAGACCUUCAGGCCUAAUUACAGCUUUAAUGUGUAACCACUUCUGGAUUGAGUCCAAUUUUUGUAUAAUACACUAUUGUGCUCAUGCCCUGGGCUGAUACUAUUGCACACAAAUAAAAGCUUGUUACAUGAUUAGAAACAUCUUCUUUUGGGUGUGAAGCUAAGCUAACUUUUAUGUAAAAGUAUGAAUAUAAUAACCAAGGCAGCAUACAGUCACUUGUAAAGAUCCUAUGCCAGUUUGCAGUGGGCAGUUAUCUGUCAGCAUAUUGCAGAAUAUUCCAUAGUUGUUUCAACAAAGCUUAUGGAAAGUUCAAAAAUGUUUAAACUUCUAAAUUAAAUUGUAACAGAUAUUUCUUUUGAAGGCGCCUUGAAUACUGUAAGUGGAAUGAACAUACAGUAUUUCCUCAUGGAAGUGUUAAGAUGAGUGGAAGUGACCUUCGAGGAUUUACUACAUCUCCCAGAAGUAGCGAUAUAGAAAGCUUGGUGGUUCGUAUGAAAAAUGGCCUUAAGAGUUCCAAGUAUAAACCUGUUGACUAUGAGCAGCUACUUGCAAUGACUGAAGCCAAGAAAUUGGAAUCUGCUAACAUUCUAUUAAAGAUUAAAAAGACUGAACACGCUUCAAAAAUCAACAAAGAACAAAUGCUGCAGAAGCGGCAUAAUCAAGUGUGGUGGUCAGAGCACAAAAGACUGCAUAGAAGCCGGAAAAAACUAGAAUCUGAACUACAAAACUUCUUUGAUGAAGGAAGUGAAUGGCUUUUGGACUUGUGGGGCUUCAAGUAUCAGUUAUCAAAGGAACUGGAAACAUUCCAAGCAAACACAGUACAACCUAUCUGGCAGCUUAGGGAAGAUUUGAGGUACCGCCUAUUGGAAUGGCAGGCCAACUACCAAUGCCCAGAAUAUCAAUUUAACCCAGAUGCAGUGUUGGAACAGGUUGCAUUUGUGAAGGAACAACAGAAAGUAGUUUUGGAAAAACUUAAUCUGGAGAAAGAAGCUUUGGAACGAGAGCUUGAAGAGUGCACCAAUGAAGCACUGGCAUGUUCUUCAGGAGAGAGGCCUGCACUUUUUUGCGAGAUUCCACCACAGUUAUUGGCCUUGGAAUGCCCAUAUCCUGAUUUGAAGGCUUCAGUGUUGACAGAAUUUCACAAACUGGCAGAUGAAUAUUGGUUGAAGUUCCAAGAGAUUGAUCAAGACUUAAAAGUCAUAUCAAGCAAUUUCCAGUGGAGUGAGGAAGAUCUUUGGGUUUAUCAGGUGAUUAUUGGUCAAUACCCUAGUGACAUGCAAGGCAGAAGAACUCUUUACUUGGAUAUGCUGCAGAAACAUCUACCUCACAAAUCUAGGCAAGAUCUCGUUGCUCACGAAAGAGCUUGGGACCACUACCAUUUUACUAGGAAUCAGUGGAGAGCUUUGAUGUUCAACUGGGCCGAGGCAAGGAAAGCUUUUUUACUGAAGGCAGUAAUGACUCUUGCAGAAGCUUGUGCUGCUCAUGAGACAGAAAUUAUGUUGGCUAAUAAUAGAAGAAAACAACAGGAAAUAUGUGCGGAUCUCAAAGAAAAGGUCCUCCAGUGGCGUGUACAGCAGGAAGAGGCUUCCCGACUAGAAGCUGCUAUCGCUGCCAGGAGAAAGAAAGAAGAAGAUGAAAAAGAGAAGUUUCACAAGGAGAAAGAAAUGCUUCAGAGAGCAGAGGACAAAGAAAAAGUACGCAAAGUGAAAAGGUACUGGGCUGAAAAGCAGCGCAGGUGGAAGGAACUGGAAGCAAAAGAUCUUCUGCGUUUGGCAGAAUUCAAGAAAUUAUUGGCUCAACAAGUCAUUAAAGAUAAGAAAAGAGUUCAGUUUAGACAAAAGCUUUUGGAACAGCGCUUGAUGGAGAAAAGAGAAGCAAUACUCAAAGAAGCCCAUGAAGAAGAAGAAAGGAAGAGACGUCUUGAUGCUCUCAGGCAACAGGUUGCUGUUGUUGCAGAGUUUGACCCUGCGAGAAUGAUGGCUGACACAGUGGCAUCUAAAGCUCGGAUGGGCAUUGGAACAGAAGAAGAAUUUGUUCUGCUAAAGCCUCUGUUUGAGUUGCAUACAUUCACUAAUGACCAGAUCAUUUCCGACACCCGGGUUCGUGUGGAGCUAGCUCUACGAGAAGCUGGACUACAUAAAACACUUUACGCUCAGGAGCUUUUGCCUAAAAUCCCUCCGCCCAAACUUCCAAGGAAAGACAUGGAGUCCGUAGUCUUUAAAAUGUACAACUAGGCACUAAUCAAAGAUUCAGAAUCUUUUGGAAUAGUCUAUUAAGAAUCCUUGAAUAAACUAUUUUAAUUCAGGAAAUAAGUUGGAUACUAAGUCGUGAAGGGUUCUGUUACGGUGGCUGAGUCAUGUUGGUGAAAAUGUAUUGCCAAGAAGUGCUCAUUAGACCGUUUUAACACUCCCCCACAAUCUUGAGCACUGCUCUGUUAACAGCACAUUCUUGGCAACACAGUUUACUGAAGCUUCAAGUCUAAUUAUUUCAGGUGAAAUCAUUCUUUUAGAUGAAAAUCUGCAAAGCAAAACUGCUGGAGACACACAUCCACGUAGGAAUGCACCGGAUUAUUUGCAUCGAGGUAGCCAGCGUAGAGCCUUCCGCAUGGUAAUGGACAACAUGUCAGUCAAGGACAAUGGAAGCGAAAGUCCAACAAUAUCUGGAGAGUAGCACGUUGGCUACUCCUGGAGUAGAGUGUUGGACUUGAACCAGAAAAGUCUGGGUUAUACAUCUGUAUGCAGCCUUUGACUUCUCCCCCAUAUGUCUCCUUUAUCCUUGAAGUAACUUUCCAGCCAAUAGGAAUCUAUGGAGAUGCAAAUGCCAUGUCCUUUUUCGUCUUGCAUGUAGAACAUUCCGCAAUACAGGGACAGCAAAAUGUAGUUAGGUCUUUAGUGGGGCAUAUUUCCUCCAGAUUGGGUUUGCUUGCUUAUUAAACCUUGCACAUAAAAUCUAAAAUGGUUUGCAGCACCCGCUCAGUAGUAUCCCACAUCACUUCCACUGCAUGUUGCAUAACGUGAUUUUGUAUUUUUCAAAAAGAGAAUAUUCUAGUUUUAUUAAUAUGCACUAUUCUUGCUUGAUUAUUAUUAUAAAUGGAAAUAUAAGCUUAUACUCCACUUGUGGCAGACAAUUUGAUUCAUCAUGUUUACUGCAAACCAAUCAUCCAAACAAUUUCAUUUUGCAAAUUAGCCCUUGAGAAUAAAUUACAAAAUUAGAAAGAACAUUUCAGCUAUGGGGGUCUUUAUUAUGGCACAGCAAAGAACCCUGUUUGUUCUGCUAGAUGAAAGUGAACUUGAUAAUUUAUUUCAUUUUAUAACACUAAAAGCAUUCCCAGACCUUAUGCAGCAUGCAUAUGAAAGAUAUGUAAACAAGGUGCAUAAAAUCUGUAGCCUGCCAAUUAGCCACAGUUCAAACAAUUUAUUUCUGGGAUUAAGAACUGGAUGCAGGUUCCGUCUUGGCAAGUUGUGUGUUUGCGUGUGUAUGUAUACACUCACACAAAUGCCAUGCAACAAUGUAUUUUAUAAGGCUCUGUGUGACAGCUAUCUUUUUGAUGCAGUGUUUCUAAAUUUUGCAGCCUCACUUAAGGGACUGGGAAAAUAAAUUGUAGAGCUCAGUGCAGGCACAUUUCAAAUGUCAGUCCCAGCCCUACCAUUUUCUCAGAGGAUUCAAUUGUAGCCGAGAGGCACAGCCCUGCAGGUCCCAGCAGGGCUUAAUCAUAGUUAAACAGACUUGAUGACUGAACACGAUUUGUCCUGGUUUGUGCUGACAGCCAAGUCCUGGUCAACAUCAUGUCAUUUAACUCAGUUGUUCACAGUCAUUUUCUGACUUGCUAGUUCUCCACUGUAUAGAAAAGCCCUACGGGGAAUUUUGGGAAGAACUCUACCGUGAGGAGGAAGCUUCUCUGUUAGAGUUAUCCAGCCUGCAGAGAAAAAUACCACCAUUUUACACACACACACACACACACACACACACACACACACUUAUAUAAACACACAGCUCUUAUGGUCCUGGGUAUAAUUUCAUAAACCUUCUUAAGCUUUCUCAGUGCUUUGUGUCCAUGUAAAAUGGAAAAUGUGCAUGAAUCCGAUGAGAGAAUAUUUCAGAGCAGGAAUGACUGCUGAGCUUGUGAUAUACCCAGUUUUGCUUGUGUCAAUUUCUGUUGAAGUACAUGCAGUGCAAACUC